AUGGAUGAAGCAAAGUUGAACAAGCUGAAAAUGUCAUCUUUAACUGGAUCUUUUAAAUCCAAAAGUCUUAAGAAAUCUUUCAAGGAUAAGUGUUUGGUAAUCGGUGAAACAACCAUGUACUACGGAAACUUCGGAUCCGUCCAAGUAAUGACCCCGAUUCCCGGAUCACCAAAUUUGGAAAAUGAAGCUGAGAAUAUCCACAACAUUCACCUAGACAGUUCAGAGGAGUCAGUAUUUCCUCUCCAGCCUGACCAACAAUUGACGCCAAAGAAAGAAAAGAAACCUACUUCACAAAGAAAUAAAAGUAAACAGGAGAUUCAAAAGGAUACAUCUCCAAAAUAUGAUUUGCCCCCAUUGAAAGCUGUUCCCGCUAGUGUCUACAACUGCCGUAUGUCAAAUGGGAGAGAACCGUGUCAUUUCAUACCGUCAAGCGACAAGGAAUUUGUAGGGAAUGGAAAUGCCUUCAUGUCUAAAGAUACAUGGAUUCCACAGCCAAACUUCAAACCCAGCCAAACAAAAUCAAUGCCAAAAUACGCGUUUACACCAGAGUAUUCAAACUUGAAAUAUGGAUCGCUUGGUAAACUCAUCGAAUCGACAAAUAGAGUACAAGGUUCGUCUUCUGUUGGAACGGCUUCCUCAAACGUUGCCCGUCUUCCUGCUAUCCCUGGAGCUACAAGGCCCUCGGAAUCUUCGCAUGCUCUGCAGCCAACUGCCCAGUACAUCAAUAUUCAUAAAGAAGAUGGUCAGCUCCCUCCCCUAAAAGUCAGUUCAUUGUCAGUGGCGAACAGAAAAGUACAAGAGCAUCACAAGGUCACAAAAAAUUACCAAUGGUAA